AUGGAAGUCGAUGGUCCUUAUGAAAAUCAUAAGCCUCAAGAGAUAAAAUUCAAACAAUAUGAUGCAACUCAAGAAUUGAUUUUUCCUCCAGCCUUAAUGAAAUGUGAACUUAAACCUUUGAAUUUUUAUAGUAGCAAAACAAAAUGGUUCAGACCUGUUGAUUUGAAUCAGUUAUUAUUCUUGAAAUCAGAGUAUCCAAAUGCUACAUUGGUAUCUGGCAAUACUAGAAUUGGUAUAGAAAAAAAAUUUUUGAAUUUGCAUCAUGAAAUUUUAAUUUAUAUUGGUGAUAUACCAGAAUUGAAAUCUUGGGAAUUUAAAGAUGAUGGAUUAUAUCUUGGUGCAAAUAUGAGUAUUUCUCAAGCCAAAAAAGUGUUAAAAGAAGCAUGCAAUCAUUAUAAGCCUCAUCAAAGUCAAAUAUUCGAAGCACUUUUAGAAAAUCUUAAGAGAUUUGCUACUAAUCAAAUCCGUCAGGUUUCCACAUUGGGUGGAAAUAUUAUUGCUAACAUAUCAAACUCGGAUUUGAUUCCUUUUAUUCUUUCAUCUAAAUCUAUAUUCUAUCUUACUUCUUUGCAAUCUACAUCACCAAGAAGUCGACCUAUUCCGUCUGUAUCUUUUUGGACGGGAUAUAAACAAGACUGUCGUGAAAGUUCUGAAAUCUUGGAAAAGAUUUUUAUUCCAUGCUCAAAACAAGGCCAAUAUUUCAGAACUUAUAAACAGUCUAAAAGGCAUUAUGGUGAUACCGCCAUUGUUAAUGCAGCUGUCGUCAGAGCUCCAAAAUCAGAAAAUUUUAUUUCUGGUAAAAAGUGGGGUGAUGAAAAUGUGUUAAAACAAUUACUUAAAAUAUUAUGUGAGGUUAGUUCUGAUAUAGAAAAUUGUAUUGGAGAAAUCAAACGCGAUAUCUCUAAAGGUAGUCAAACCAUAG